CACGCCCCUAUGGUUUUCUGUCCGAAGGGAGUGAAGCAACCUGAGUCCAGGGUGUCAUCAUUCGGAUUGGAAGUGGUCUGUGUGGCGGGUUUCUUCCUGUAUUUAUUGAAGGACUUUCUUCUCGGAUAUGCACUUCUGAUCUUACACUUGUGCCCAUGCUCCAUUUCCACACCUCAGCUGCCAAUAACCACUCAAGAGGAAGAAGAUGAUUUUCACAGCCCGUUCAAUCCUGUCACCACAAAGAUCGUGCAAAAACCUCUCGAAGAUGUGUCUUCAAAUCUGCAUAUGGCUUUCUUUGGCGCUUACUUCAAUAGUUGACGCUGUGGACUGCAAAAACAUCAUAUGUUCACUUGGCCAGCAGGUCAUUCUGCCAUGUAAUGCUCCUGGAAAUAUGGUAGUCCUCGCCUUGCAGUGGUCCAGACGUGACCUGACAGAAUACGUGCUGCACUAUCGUGAUGACCAACUUGAUCCAGACGACCAGGAUCCGUCUUAUACGGGCCGGGUAAACCUGACCAAUACCCACAUGCAGAAUGGGGAUUUCUCAAUGAUACUGAUGAACAUGACGACUGCUGACAUUGGAACAUACGAGUGUAUAGCCUUCCAGAGAAGACCAGGGAUGGACUCUGAAAUCCUCAGCAUCGUAAACCUGAAUGUCAGUCAGUCAGAUGAAGGAAGCAGGAAUGGAGUCAGCCGUGGCGCAGCUACAGGAAGAAACCAUCUUGGUCUCAUUGUGUCACUGUCAGUUAUUCAGGGAUCAUUCUGGUGGCUGGUAUUCUCUUAAUCUAUAUUAGGUGCCAAACUAACAUUGGAUCCUCAGCUUCCCCCCACUAUGAAAUGACAUCAACAUCUCAGCAUGUCUAAAUUAGAAAGACCCUCAAAUUUAUUCCAAACAUCUAAAACUUAAAAUGACAGUUAAAAGCUGAGGUGUGGCUUGUAGUGAAAAGCACAGAGAAGUUAAUUAGAGUAGAAUAAUAGAAGCUCGGAUCCAUUUAUCGUUUAACCUACAUUAAGCAAAUUCAGAUUGUGGUUCGGCUCGGAACCACUUUGAUUUGUGCCUUUGUCAUGUGUUUUCUAAUGCUGGCCGUAUAUAUGUCACGUGAUAGAUUGGCUGGGAUUUUUUAGAGAUUUCUUUGCACUGUUUGCCAUUAAGAGCGCUGUGGAGCCCAUCGAGAAUGAAACUUUAACUUUGGUUUAAAAAAAAUUACCGAAAGAAUUUAUAUUUCAUAACGAAGUCAACAGAGCAAACAUUAUGGCGCACAACAAGUUCAUGCACCAAAUUUGGAACGAGUCCAAAUUAAGUUUCUUUCAAAGCUUUACUUCACAACAUGAACCACACUAAAUGUGUAAACCUUAUGCAAAAGUAUUUAUUAUAGCACUGAAACUUUUUCUUAUUUAUUUAUUUGGUUUUUAGUAUAAAGGUGCUUUUAAAACUCCUAAAUGAAAAAAGGUCCUACGUUUUCCCGACAGAAUUUUGUGUGUUUUACAUCCAAGCACAACUUUCCUGAAAAGAGAAACACGUUUUUAUUGAAGUUACUUUCUGCCAGUAAAAUGUUUUCAUGUUUGCAGAUCCGUUUUGUCUUUAGGUUGUUCUAGCUGCCAAAAACAACAGUGUUGUGGUGCUAAGAGGGAAAAGUCCCGUAAAUUGUUUAGUAAAAUUUAAAUUAUGAGAGAUUUUUACUUACACCGUCUUGAUGUUUUCGAACUGGACAUGACAAUGAGGGAUGGAUCUCUCUGAAAAACUGAGUUUACUUACAGGGUACCCACACGCUUAAGGUAUUACCCUGCUUCAUCUACCUUAUGACUCUCAUGGGGAUCAUGGUUUAGAAAGUGAGCAUCAUGUUUAUCUCAUAAGACUAGAAAAAGGUGGCUGACAGCAUGAACUCAUCUGGGAGAUGUUUACAGAGUUCACAAAGUAAAUCGCCAGUCGACCCCAAGCUGUUCAAGUAUUUAAGCAUUAUUGUAUUUUCACUAAAGCACUGCAUUAUACUGAAUAAUAGAAGUCUUUAACUUUGAGUAGCAUUCCAGAUGUGGUUAUGUAUUAUGUGAUACUGUAUGGUAGACAAUGUGCCCAUUAAGCAUUAGGGCACUUUAUUAGAAACUUUAUCAAAUGUUGAAAGUUGAAUGUGAAGGAUCAUAGUUAGAGGGCUGUGGGACAUUGGCUACCAGCUGCUUAUCACUAAAGGAAAGAAAGGUGAUUCAUGCCUUACGUUUUUAUCUUCUGUCGUUUUCUGCUUCAUGGCCUGAUUACAGUGAAUUUAUGGGACCAUACUGUAUGUUUUUUGACUCUCCAAGAAAUGCAUUAGGCACAUACAGAGUAUACAUUUUUGUAGCAAUAAUAACUGCUCUUUAACUGUUGAAAUGGAUGUUUUCAGGUACAUGAUCACAUUUUUACCUGGUUAAUGAAAUUUCCUUGGUAUCUCUAACAAAAGGGUAAUGAUAAGUGGCCCUAUCAUUAUAUUUAUAGCGACAGUUUCAUGUCUUUCAAUGUGCUUUCCUAUGUUACA